CAAAACUUUCAGUCCGCGAUUAGGUGCGACACAAAACGGUUGCCAACAAAAUAGCCUCCUCCAUCAUCAUUCAGUGGCUUAUAGAGCUACUUGCUAGCAAAUAAUAAAAAAAAAAUCCAAACAAUUGUUCCUCAUUGCAUUUGUACCUAACAAAACCGACCGCUAUACAUUUAAUAUCAUUUUAUAUCAUCUCCUCUUCUCCAUCACCGAGAGAAGAUAGGUAAUUCUAUCUGGUUGUUCAAAAUAAAGUAUCUAAAUCUAAAUUGAAAACGACACUGAGAGAGAGAGAGGCCAAAUAAUUUCACUCUGCCGUAGUCCACGGGGAAUCUCAGUAAUUUUCAUUUCGGUUUUAAUGUGAAACGGAUGUAAGAAUUCGAAAUUUUUAUCGAAAAAAUUCAAAUUUCGAUUUUGGUAUCGAUAACGAACAAUAAACGCUUUUACCUUACCGUCAAACGAAAACCUGUCCAUAUGGAAAAGUGAUCAAGUCUGUGUGUGGAAAACUAUCUCUACCUAAUCCCAGGGAAAAUAACAAGAAAAUUUAUAUAUGUCUAAUCUCUGAUCGGAAUUUCCAUUCGAGCGCGCGAGAACGAACUUAAAUUCGGAUGCUCAUUUGCAUGCGACCCAAACUAUAACCAAUCUAAUCUUUCAAAUUGAAUUAAUUUUCUCGACAAUCGAAUUAGAAAAGAUUGAGUUAUAGCUAAUUAUUGCAUCCGAGUGGGUGUUUUAUUUAUUUUCUCGAUAAAAAAGUACGAAAAGGAAGAACUUUUAUCGUUUUGUCGUUUGAAUAAGAAUUCAAUUGCAUUAUCUAACAAAUUGUGUGUGUGAUCGAAAUCGAAUAAAACAGAUACAUUUUGUUCGAAUUUGAGUUUGAUCAGAAAAAUUAGAAUAACUCGAAGGAGUAUUUAACGAUUUGCAUUUCCAUCCAAUCGGUCUAGUUGAUAAGGAGUUUUAAGGCAAUAACGGAAAAGUAAAACUGUUUAAAAUAACCAUCUAAAAUGGACAAAAAAACAAUGGAUACAAAACCAUUACAAUGGCAAAAGAUGAAUUGGAAAGAAAAACUUAGCCACAUAUGGAACAAUAUAACAGUUGAGCCAAUGUUGGCUUGUUAUAUUAUGCCAAGUGUCUUAGCUGGAUUAGCAACACAAAAUCUUAAUUUAGAAAAAGCCUGUCGUGUUAAUAUGGCUUAUGGUGAUGAAGUUUGUGAUGCACUUACACGCAGAGAAACUCAAAAUUACACAAUUGAAGAAGCAACCGUCCAACAAUUAGUGGCCAAAAUGGCAGCAUGGAAAACGGUGAUACAAAGUCUACUACCAUGCCUGCUAAUAUUGUUUUGGGGUUCGUGGAGCGAUCGUCAUGGCAGACGAAAGCCAUGCAUGCUGAUACCUGUAAUUGGUGAAUUUAUGGGUGCCAUAGGUCUUAUUUUGUGCACAUAUUUCGAGAAUGUUCCCAUGGAAGUAGCUGGCAUUACUGAAGCCCUCUUUCCGGGUCUGACAGGUGGUUGGUUUACCAUGAUGAUGGGUGUCUUUAGUUAUAUAGCUGAUAUUACAACAGAAGAAGAACGAACUCUGCGUAUAGGAAUUUUGAAUGUAUGCUUCUCGUUGGGUGUUCCAUUUGGAAUGGCAUUUAGUGGAAUAUUACUAAAACAAAUUGGAUUCUAUGGUGUCUUUACUACAUCAGCUACAUUAUACUUACUAUCAUUUCUUUAUGGAUGCUUCAUACUCAAAGAACCCAAACGGAAGACCAAAGAAGAAUUAGAGAAAACAACACAAGCAAAUUUACUUUCGGAUUUCUUCGAUAAGAAACAUGUUGUGGAAACAUUCCGUGUAGCAUUCAAAAAGGGUGAAAAUCAACGUCGACUUCGUGUUAUCAUGUUGAUGAUUGUUGUUAUGGUUGUUAUUGGACCUAUGCAUGGUGAAAUGUCAGUAAUGUACUUGUUUGCUCGCUACCGCUUCAACUGGAAUGAGGUGGAAUUUAGCUUGUUCUCAACAUACGCCAUGUUAACCGGUCUCGUAGGAGUUCUAUUUUGUGUUGGAGUCCUCUCGCAUUUACUCAAAGUCGAUGAUGCCUUGGUUGGUGUUCUAUCGAGUAUGUCAAAAAUCCUCUCGAGCAUUGUGUAUGCCUUUGCCAUACAACCAUGGCACAUGUACGUCGCAUCUGUCGUGGAAAUAUUUAAUGGGACUUCGUUUAUUGCAAUGCGUUCUAUUGCCACCAAAUUGGUGGACAAAGAUGAACUUGGCAAAGUGAAUUCGCUGUUUGGUGUGGCCGAGGCACUUAUGCCGCUUGUCUAUGGGCCAAUGUAUACAACUCUGUAUGCGGCUACGUUGAAGACGAUGCCUGGAGCCUUCUUUCUGCUUGGUGGAGCAUUAACAGCACCAGCUGUAAUAAUUUUCUUCUGGAUGUACAAUGUCAAUCGACGAGACCGCCUACGCAAUACAAUAAAUGACGAACACAAAGGCAAACCAAAUCAAGACAUAACCAAACACACUAACGGAAGUCUUGUGGGUGGCAAUGCCGCCAUCACUCUCGGCGUAAUGGAUGAAUCGGCAAAAAUAAAUGGUCUUUCCAUUGUGGGAGCUGGAAAAUUCACAAAAUUGCCUCAGGACACAAAUGAGGAAAAUACUGCCACAAACGAUAAUCAACAACAUCCACAAAAUGGUAUUGAUAAUAAGGCAUUUGAUGCGGAUGCGGAAACAAUUGAGAAUACCAUUACCGGCCGUGUCGCUGCAGUCAUUCCUGAUAAAUCAUCGCCAAAAACGGAUUCUGGUGAAGAUGAGAAUAGUUUAGAGAGUAAAGUCCUUCAAGAAACUAUAGCUAUUGUGAAGGAAUUGCCGACAUUAAAUAUUGAACAUUGCAAGCUGUGAUACAAUUUUUAUAUAUAAAAGAUAACUAUAUAGCACUGUUUUUAAUUAUUAUUUUUUUUUUAUAUAUUUUAAUUUUAUUUUUAUCAUUCUAGUUUUUAUUUUUAAAAUUUUAUUUUUUUGUAUACUACUUUUUUCAUUUUAUUGUUUUCUUUAUUUUUUUUUGAUGUAUUGUAUAAAAUAUUU